AUGUCCCACAGUGCACCGCGGGCGGGGCAAAGAUGGCGGCGAGCAGCGGAGCGGAGGCCGGCAGCGCGGCGGCAGCACCGGGCCCGGUGUCGUUCGCGUUCAGCCGUAAAGCGGAGCGGAGGCGGCUGCUGCCGGCGGGGCCGUGCGCGGAGCCCGGCGGGACCGGGACCGGGAGCGGGAGCGGGACCGGGAGCGGGAGCGGGAGCGGGGACACCGAGCUCCUCACGGCCGUGGAAGGCCGGGAGCUGCUGAGCUCCCGGCCGGCCCCGCCCCCUCCUCAGGACCUCGUGAUCCCGCUCGUGCCCUCGCACCGCUGGCGGAACCCGGAGCCCCCACCCGGGGCGGGCUCAGGCCCCGCCCCCUCCGACGCAAGCCCCGCCCCCUCCGACGCAAGCCCCGCCCUUUCCUUUGACCACGCCCCCUCGGUGGAGGCGCAGGCGGUGCAGGAGCUGCUGCAGGAGGCCCGGCAGAACCAGACCCAAGGCGAUGGCGACCCCGGCCCCCCCCUCUCCAUCCCCAUCUGCCUGCAGGCUCCGGACAUCGCUUUGCGGCCCGAGCCGGGCCCCCAGGACUACGCGGCGGUGCCGGUGCAGGCCUUUGGCCUGGCCAUGCUGCGGGGCAUGGGCUGGAGCCAGGGCGAGGGCAUCGGCCGCACCUUUAAGAGGGUGGUGAAGCCCCUGGAGCAGCGCCUGCGCCCCCGGGGCUUGGGGUUGGGGGCAGACCCCGCCCCCCCCGGCUCGCCCCGCCCCCCUCGUGGGGGGGGAGGGGGGGUUGGGGAGGACCCCAAUGGGGGGGGGCUGAAGGUCGGCGCCGUCGUCUGCAUUGAGGCCGGGCCCCACCGGGACAUGGUCGGGAAGGUGGAGGGGCUGGAGCCAGAGACCGCCCGCGCCGUGGUGAGGCUGGAGCUUGGGGGGCAGGCGGUGACCGUGAGCCAAUACAGCCUGAGGCUGGGGGCCCCCCCGCGCGGCGGCUCCUCCAAGGGGAAGGAGACUGAGGAGGGGCCGGACCACAGCGACCCCCCCCAGAAGGGGGGGGACAAGAGGAAGCAGCAGCCCCCGGAGCCAGAGAGGACAGUGAAGCAGAUCCGAGGAGCCCCCCCCGGCGCCCCCCCAUGGCUGCGGCGGGACCUACGGGUUCGGUGCAUUGACAAAGGCUUCCAGGCUGGACGCUACUACAACUGCAAAGUGGGGCUGCCCCAUAGCGUGCCCCAUAGCCCCCCCAUAGCCUGCCCCAUACCCUGCCCCAUAGCCCCCCCAUAGCCUGUGCUAUAGCCCCCCCAUAGCCUGCCCUAUAGCCCCCCCAUAGCCUGCCCCAUCGCUUGCUCUAU